CAGCUCGCGGGCACCCGGCCGGGCGGGCGGCGCGGGCGCGGGAGCGGGAAAGGGUGCGCUAUGCCUUUAACGCCCGCGUACAGUAGACAUGUAUAGUGGAGUGUAGGGAAACUCUAGGCGGGGUUAAAGUUCAGCUCAUGGAGCGGCAAUCGCGCCGGCUGGCUGGCUGCAGUUGAGCCGAGUUGGAAAUGUGAACGCAAGAAGCAGGCUUGAUUUUUUUUUCUCCCCCCUUCUCUCUCCUUCUCUUCCUCUCUCCCUCUUUCUCCUCUCUCACCCGCACUCACGCACACCUCCAAACCGCACACCCAGACGCACACGCACACCCCACCGCCCGGCAGUUAUGUAUUCUCCGCUCUGUCUCACCCAGGAUGAAUUUCAUCCUUUCAUUGAAGCACUUCUGCCCCACGUCCGAGCCUUUGCCUACACAUGGUUCAACCUGCAGGCCCGAAAACGAAAAUACUUCAAAAAACACGAAAAGCGUAUGUCAAAAGAAGAAGAGAGAGCCGUGAAGGAUGAGUUGCUAAGUGAAAAACCAGAGGUCAAGCAGAAGUGGGCAUCUCGACUUCUGGCCAAGUUGCGAAAAGAUAUCCGACCUGAGUACCGAGAGGAUUUUGUUCUUACAGUUACGGGGAAAAAGCCUCCAUGUUGUGUUCUUUCCAACCCAGACCAGAAAGGCAAGAUGCGAAGAAUUGACUGCCUUCGCCAGGCAGAUAAAGUCUGGAGGUUGGACCUUGUUAUGGUGAUUUUAUUUAAAGGUAUUCCGCUCGAAAGUACUGAUGGCGAGCGCCUUGUAAAGUCCCCACAGUGCUCUAAUCCAGGGCUCUGUGUGCAGCCCCAUCACAUAGGGGUUUCUGUUAAGGAACUCGAUUUAUAUUUGGCAUACUUUGUGCAUGCAGCAGAUUCAAGUCAAUCUGAAAGUCCCAGCCAGCCAAGUGAUGCUGACAUUAAGGACCAGCCAGAAAAUGGACAUUUGGGCUUCCAGGACAGUUUUGUCACAUCAGGUGUUUUUAGUGUGACCGAGCUAGUAAGAGUGUCACAGACACCAAUAGCUGCAGGAACUGGCCCAAAUUUUUCUCUCUCAGAUUUGGAAAGUUCUUCAUACUACAGCAUGAGUCCGGGAGCAAUGAGGAGGUCUUUACCCAGCACAUCCUCUACCAGCUCCACAAAGCGCCUCAAGUCUGUGGAGGAUGAAAUGGACAGUCCUGGUGAAGAGCCAUUUUACACGGGCCAAGGGCGCUCCCCAGGAAGCGGCAGCCAGUCGAGCGGAUGGCAUGAAGUGGAGCCAGGAAUGCCAUCUCCAACCACACUGAAGAAGUCGGAGAAGUCUGGUUUCAGCAGCCCCUCCCCUUCGCAGACCUCCUCCCUGGGAACUGCAUUCACACAGCACCACCGACCUGUCAUCACAGGACCCAGAGAAUUCAAGAUGGUUCCCAGCAUCCUCGGUUCUCCUUUCUGGAAAAUCUACUCAGCAAGCCCUCACGCAACACCGUCGACUCUUCAUUUUCCAACAUCGCCCAUUAUCCAGCAGCCUGGGCCUUACUUCUCUCACCCAGCCAUCCGCUAUCACCCUCAGGAGACGCUGAAAGAGUUUGUCCAACUUGUCUGCCCUGAUGCUGGUCAGCAGGCUGGACAGGUGGGGUUCCUCAAUCCCAAUGGGAGUAGCCAAGGCAAAGUGCACAACCCAUUCCUUCCCACCCCGAUGUUGCCACCGCCGCCGCCACCCCCGAUGGCCAGGCCUGUACCUCUGCCGGUGCCAGACACAAAGCCUCCAACCACGUCAACAGAAGGAGGCGCAGCCUCCCCAACCUCACCAACCUACUCGACACCCAGCACCUCCCCCGCAAACCGAUUCGUCAGUGUUGGACCACGGGAUCCAAGCUUUGUAAAUAUCCCUCAACAGACACAGUCCUGGUACCUGGGAUAAAAGUCGCAGCGUCCCACCAUCCACCAGACAGACCACCUGACCCCUUCUCAACUCUGUAACAUGGACGCAUCCUCAACCCAGCGCGGUUACAACUUCACUGUCAGUGGAAGGGGAGAAUCAAAUCAACUUGUACAUGGAAACAGCGAGCAUUAUGGUCAAACAGCAAAGGCCAUAACCUUUUGGGAUUUUUUUUUAAAUACUUUAGGGACUGUUGUAAUUUUCUCAUAUGGUGCUGGAAAUGGUUGGGCUUUGUAACAUUUGGAGUGUUUCCGUGGUAGCGUGAGCAUUAGGUGAUGUGGCGAGUGGAGGUCUACCCUUGCUCACUGACUUCCCGUUGUAACACACUUUCCUUACGGAGCCUGGCUGUUUCACAGUAUUUCAUGAAUUUACCCACACAGGUGUGAGCCUCCUUGAGUCAUCAGGAGACACAUGGAGAACUAAAUCUUUUGUAGUAGCUGAGAUCUGCAAUAUAUAACUUACGGGACAGUCAAAGGGCAAUGUUUUUCUGUAACACAUUGGAAAAAGAAAAUGCAGUUAUGUUCCUUUUUUAUUUUUUCUUUUAGUUUGGUUUGGUUCAGCAGUCAGCAGUUAAAUAUAUAACAUGGCCCACAAGGACAGUGAAUCCACUCACGUUGCAGAACAAUUCCGAAAUGACAAACUACUACUACUACUAUUCAGUUUUUUAAAAGUUGUGAAAUGCUGCACUUACAUUUAAAAAAAAAACAUUUUUUCAACAAUUUCAACAAUGACACACAAAUUCACAUGGAAAUGGGGAAGAUGGUCUGUUUUGACAGAAACUGACAGGAAUCAAUCAAAACAAUCGAAUUUUGAAAUGAGUAAAGUGCAAUUUCAUUGGAUAGCUAAAUAUCUUUGUAAGAUAGAGAUUGUUGAAAAUUCUAUUUUUGUUUUUCAAGUCCUUCCACCCCAGGACUCUAAAUUAUCGGGGUAAAAAACAGCCUUGCAAGAAAAAGGGGAGCUAUUUUUGCUUUUUAUGUUUUUUAUUGUUAAACUUGUAUCCCUUUAAAAACUGAAGGAAAAUUUAAAAAAAAAACAAAAAAACAAAUCUAAUGGUGCUUUUACCACAAUAUGUUAACUACAUUAAAUGCUAAUUAAUUAUUUUCUGUUAUUGAAGCACAUAACUAAAAUGAAAUCAUGGUAUCUGUUAAUUUUAUAAGCUAGAAGUCACUAUUAUAAUGGAUUAUGCCAAUUCUGAAAAUUUUUACAUGUAUCCAGCAACAUAGGAUUUAUCAGUUAUCAGACACUUCAUUGUACCAGAGAUUGUCCAGAACUUUUAAAAGACCUUUGUGCCCCUGAACUGGGCUAUGGGAAAAAAUAAUAAUAAUAAUAAUAAUGAAACCAAUACUGACACAAAUGCUGGUGCCCAUUCAGAUCAAGGGUACCUGUUAGGGAAAAAAAAUAAGUUUGCACCCCCAAAUGUCCUGUAUCUUAUGUAAAAAAAAAAAAAAAAUACACACACAAAAAAACAAAAAAAUAACAAAAAAAAGUGCAAGUGAUUUUUCUACCAGACAGCGAAGCACCCCUUUGCUUCCCAUGCAACUUCAAGAAGGUUUCCUAUACUAUACAUAUAUAUACGUUCUGGUUGGCAAGCCCUGCUGAUCAGAGAAAGUCUCUGCAUGUUCUAGUGUUAGUAACUAAUUUUUAUAUAGUUAAUGUAGGAUAAAGUAGAGUGCAUUAAGACACAAUAUUGUAAUCCCUACUCUAGGCACUUGCCUUUAAACUAUGUUUUUCAGCCCUUCAGAAGGGUUCUACUACUGUCCUAUACAAUCAAGUAACUGAAAUUCUUGGGAAGACACUUUGCUCCUCAUCUUUCCCCCCGAAACAAUGUUGUUUUGUUUUGUUUUUUUUCCUUAAUUUGCACGAAAACAAAAAUUCCAUAUCAAUGUGCCUUGCCCUGGAUAGCGAUUAUUUGUGGAAUUGUUGCACAUGCUCCUCUAUUGAAAGGGGUUUUUCCCUCGUCAAGCAUUUGGAGACACUUUUUGUAAAUGUGACUUUUAUGUCAGCCAUCGUCAGUUUCAACAUCUAGAACUAAAUAGAGAGUUAGUUGUUCCGCAGAUAGGAGUAGUCUUUAUUGUCCUCUGUGGUCAGUGGCAGUGCUAUUCUGAGAUCUGUAGAUGGCUUAGAAUAUCAGUAUUUUGGAUGUUGCUGCAUUUUACAAUUUAUUUGGAGUCUUCCUUUAUUUCCCCCCUCCCAGAUAUAUGAAAAUAUGCAAUACCUGCUUAUAUCGUGUAGAAAAGCUUAGCGAUUAUUAAUUUUUCUUUUAUUUUUUUUUAUUUGACCAAAGUCGGUGCUGCACUUGACGCAGUGUGUUUUAGGUGUUUGUCUUUGUACUUUUUUUGUGAUUUUUUGAAUGCACGUGCGCAGGAAGGGCUCCUCUUAGAGAAGCAGUCAAACUGUGAAGCACUAAGCUGACCCUGCUUCAAGCAAUUUUGUUUUUACAACUGUUCCUUUCACAAGCAAGCCUUAAAAAAAAAAAAGACAACUUCCUUUUUCUUCAGCUCCCACACCCCAUUUUUCUUAGCAGACCGCAGUCAAUCCACAUUCAAUAAAAAAGUAUAUAAUGCCCAUUUUUAUAUGCACGUUUUUAAACUUCCAAGUUCUGAAAAUUGUUUACUGGUUAUCUCUAUUUAAGGAAAAAAAAAUAAAAUAAAACAUUUUGGAUUUUCAUAUGUGUCUGAUAAGUGGUUGAAUAGUCGUUUGGCGCUGUUGUAUGGUGUGAUUGUCAGUAUAUGGUGUCACUUCCUAUAGCCAGCCAGCAUACUUUGCCUUCCCCUAUAGCACUUAGCUGGGCAUUACUUUAUUAUGACAUAUGUGCACUAAAAAAAGGAAAAAAGGAAAAAAAAAAGAAAAAAAAUAGCAGCUUUUCAGUGCUUCACAGUGAAGGGAAAAAAGCCUAGACAAACAUUUUGUCAGAACCUUGCGAUAAGCCAAGGUAUUACCAGGAAAUUGGUUGUAUAUACAAUAAAAUUGCACCCUUUUUUUAAAAACAAAACAAACUAAGCAAUAGUUUGGGCAGUUUUAGUGGUUUUUAGUGAGCAUGUUGUAGUCAUGACUGCAAAGAGAGAGAAUAAACUGCCCACUCAGAAGAUAUGUAAUUUGUAUUGUUGUAUAGUUUUAUUGAUUACACUGAUUUAUUCUACCCUAUUUUAUAAUGCAGGACUUUUGUAAUGUUGUUUAAAUGAGGAAAAAUUUCUGUCAAAUUAGCCUAGUGAAAUUUCUGAUUGUCCAUUAUAAAGGCAGCGUUCAUAGAAUUGCUUUUCUUUCUUUCCUGCCCCCACCCCCCUUUGGGAACUGGAUUUAAGUUUAAAACUUUCCUGUUUCCUUUUUUUUUUUUUUUGUAAGUAUUUAAAUACAGUUAUUUUUUCUCUCAAUGGUAUAGCAUAUUCCUAUGCUUGUGAAGUAUAGGUCUACUGAAAAACCAUUGUAAAUGGACGUUACAGGUAUGCUGUAUUUUUGAAGGUAUUUUGUUGUAUUAAGUUUGAUGAAGCUAAAAUUAGGGAACUCUGAACAAGAUUUGCAGGAAAAAAAAUGUUUUAAAGGCUUUAAAACAUUAAGGAGGCAGUCUAGGGUGAUAACGAACAGGGGUCAAGUAUUAAAUACACUAAGUUACAUUUUUGUUAAUGUUUCAUUGUCCAGAAAGCAGCAGGAAACUGUAGUUCAGUUGUGAUCAAGCAGGAAAAAAGAAACACCAACAAUCCGAGUGUUUACCUUUUUAGAUGAAAGCCAAGCGAAGAUGUUUGAGGAAGACUUUGCUACCUGGGGUGUGUAGACUGACAGGCUGAGGGCUGGCCCAACUUCCAAGGCCCCGCCCUUGAUUCCGAGACACAUUUGAAUUUUUUCUCUCCCGUCAAAUGGCAUUGACAAUAUCAGCAAAGAGAAGUCCCCCAAAUCCCUCUCCGUGUUUUUUCUUUGGGAACUGAAGUCAGAGGCACAAACACUAAAUCUGAUCAUUUUUCUGUAUGCUUUUUCUUUUUUUCACCCUGAUCCACUCCCCUGCCACCAAAAUGCUCCUUUUCUGAUCAUUCAUGGGCAGAGGCCCUCCCGCUAAUGCCACUCUCUCCAUCCCAGAGCCUUUUACUUUCCUCUGAGACUCGAGCAAACUUUUCUGUCUCUUCACUCCCUGGCCUGGCGGGUAUUGGUGUCAGACCCUCCCCACUCUCCCCUCCACCCAGAGUCGGGCGUGGGCGCCCUUCCCCCUCCGGCCAGCAGGUACACCUCCCCACGCUUGCAUUCUUCAUUCUCUGACAGUCGAAGUGUAAGGGAACCCACAUUUUCCAGAGUCACGGUGUUCAGUCAGCCCACAGGAAUAUGCAAAACCCAUCUCAAAAAGUUCGUCUUUUACUUUUCAAACCCUUAUCCCCAUAAACUUUGAAUUCUGUUGUAAUUUAUGAAAUCUGGAUUAAGAAAAACAUUUUUUUUUACUUGUGAUUUUUUUUUUGGGGGGGGAGGAAUUUCUAGGAAUGUCAUUUAAUGUACUUGGCAUCACGUCUCUGGAAAUAUCUUUUUGUCCAUAGUGGUGGUCGUCUCCCUGUCUCUUUCUUUCUUUUCUUUCUUUCUCUUUCUUUCUUUCUUUCUUUCUUUCUUUCUUUCUUUCUUUCUUUCUUUCUUUCUUUCUUUCUUUCUUUCUUUCUUCUUUCUUUCUUUUUUAUUUCUUUAAGUGUUUUGUUCUUUUUUUCCCGGUAGCAGGCCUCCAUAGAACAAAUUUAAAACACAACUGGCAUGGUAGUGUAAGGAGAGCUUCAGUGGCACCUCACCACCCACCCCCGGAGACCUGUCCCAGGACAGUCUCAGAAAGCUGCACUGCCCACCGGCAGAGCUUUCGUUCAAAUCGGCUUCCAAGGUCAAUUUUGUCCUGAAGUCAAUGCAUGUAUUUACUGUUUGACAGUAAACCCGCUCUGCCUUCUCCACGUCCAAGGCUGUGCAUUUGCCUAAUUAGUGUCGUGUAUGUUUUCCUUUUAUUUUUUCCAAUAAAAAAGCAGUGGGAUGAAAAUUGCUUUGAUAGAUAGCAGGUAACAUUGAAGCUGUUCCAUAGCACUUAACCGUAGUGAAUACUGUGUCACCAAUUCUGAAAUCAAUUUAAUGUUUAAUGCAAAUCCAUUACAUGGUGCUAUUACAGGCUGACAAAAUGAUUUACACCAAUGUGACAACUUGGGCUCAAUUCACUCUGCUUUCCAACAGUGUAAAUGCAUAGCAGUGUUUAUCUGCAUGAGAACUAUGCACUAAUCUAUCUGAAGAAAAAAAAAAACUAUAUCAACUUUGGUAUCUACUUUCCGUUUACUUCAAUCCUUGCCUUUUUGGUCAUUGUUAUAAUGCCAGCUUUAGGACAGAAAGAAUUAUAAGAAAACCAGCAUAAUACCUGAUAUAUUAAAAUGUAGUGCCUGUGAAAUCUGUAUUAUAUUGCUCUUCUGAAGUAAGAUUUUUCUACACCGGUAGCCUUCGCUGUCUGUCAGUCAGGAUCUUCUGGUAUAGGUGAUGUAAAAUAACCGUACAAUAUUAAUGCAUGCUAUUCCAUAAUGCUUAGUGAACUGUAUGAAUAUUACUCAAAGUUAUGUUAGUCUUUUUUUCUGACUUGGUUCUUGUCAGCUAGGUUUAAAGGUAUUUCACUGAGAACGCAAAUUCUUUCUUGAUUUCGGCUGUUUUCAGUAUUUUGGAGGUAUACAUUUACUUAAAUUCAGUAUUACUGUGUUUUUGUUUUCGUUUUCGUUUUUUUGUUUUCCUUUUCCUAGGGGACAAGCAUGGGUGGUUGAUUUCAGAAAUCAGUCCCUGGCAAGACUUUUGUCUCAAAAUGACCAUUUGUAUUUCGAGAACUGUGCUACGAAGAAACUCUGAGAACAUUUCCAAGCGAGGGACGUUUUUCCUUGACUCUCGACCGAAGCUAUGCUGACCCUGAAGCGUUUUCUUAAUGGACAAUGUUCAGCCAGGUACCCAUGCUUGAUCCGUCUUCACACCAGACUUCCUCAUAUUAAAAGAAAAAAAGAAAAAAAGAAAAAAUCUUUAAGAAAUCACAUGGCUAUUUAGUUUCAUGCACAGUUGCAAUAUUUUCUUCAAAAAUAAAACUCUGUACAAACUUUGGGCCCGAUUCAUAAGAAAAAGGAGUUUGCUAUUAACACGGGAUUUUUUUUUAAAUAUACUUUUUUUUGGUCUAAAUUUGAAACUACUUGCUUCCCAAAUUAAAUCAGUUUCAUCUCACUUUUUUUUCCCCCUAAACCAGCACCCAUCUGCCUUUUGUGCCCCCAAAGGGUUACAUAACCAGAUGAGGAGAACGGGGAGAUGGGGAGUAGGUACCAGAGAUGCUCAGAACAACAGGGGACCGCCUGCAGUCGAGGCCACCAGAACCGGGAGGCGGCAGUGUGGGGGGCAGGACCUCGCCUGGGUGCCAGGCAUCACAAGUUUCACAUGUGGACUCCUUAUGCGAUUUCACUCAACAAACACAAUUUCCAAAAUGUGUCUGGGCUGCAGGAAUAUGUGGUGGAAGUGCCACCUCUAAUCCAACCAGAGCGCCUUCAUGGUAGAAAACACUCACCAGGUCACGCAAUGUGAACUCUUAAAUCUCCACAGUGUUUUAAGGACAAAAGGUGUCCCAGGAAUUGGGCUGUUUUUCCUGCUGUUCUUUAUGCUCCACUUCUCAAAAUGACAGUAGCUCUCCCACCUUUGAUUCUGUUUGCGUUAUUCUUAUUUUUCCAUUUUUAAAUUUUUUUUAAUUUAUAUUUUUAGUAGUACUCAUACAUAUACAUCAGCACUUCUUUUUUUUUUUUUUUUUAACAUCCCAACCGAAGGUCACCAGGCCACUGGCUAUGUGGGGAUGGAGGUUUGAGAGACCUGCCAGGUUCAUUUUUUUCUCCCUGGUCUCAGACCAGCCUGUCUGCACUGUGAAGGCAUUUGGUAGUGUUAUCCUGAGAUACUUACUAGACCAAGAGCUGGAGCUUUGUCGGGUCCUAGGAGGUCCUCACGAGAGACUCUCCAAGUCAAAUACAUGAUCCCCCUUCCCUACACCUCUGACCUGUUACGCAGAACAAGGUUCCCUGGGGACCUUUCCCACCACCCUUGGAAAUCUGCCCAUUCAAGAUACCUCGGGUUUUUCAUUUCAAAUUGCGGGGGGAGGGCACCGAACACUUCCAGAGAUGAAAAGAGAUCUGUUGUGAAACUAAACACCCCCCCGUGUUAAUAACUUGGUUUGACAUUUGUUUUUAUGAGCCGGGCCCCCUGUGCCUCUAGUAUACUUGUAUUGACUCUCAUAGCUACCCUUUUAGUUUUACUGUGUUCUGUGAAAAUUUGUAAUUGGUUGAGAAUCACUGUGGGCGUCCAUUCUUAUUCAACUAAAUCUCCACAGGUUUUUUGAGCUGGUGUGGAUUAGUUUAACUCUUGUAUUCAACCAUUAGUGCUACCACCUUCUCACAUUACGAUACAAUUACUGGAAGCAAGUACUGCAUUUCCUAUGCAACAAAAAAGGAAAAAUAAAAAAUUGCUAAUGCUCUGGAA